GUGUGUGUAUGAGUGUGUAGGGGAGUUAAUGAUUUGCCAGAGGCUCGUUUCGCAACUUACCAAGGGUCAGCUUCCCUCGAGCAUGUACAAGUUCGGUCCUCUUUGCUCCUCACCCCCUGCCAGCUUCCACCCGGAAGGUCCCCCAGGCAGCCCGAAGCAUGAUCUCCAUCACAGAAUGGCAGAAGAUUGGCGUGGGCGUCACCGGCUUCGGCAUCUUCUUCAUCCUCUUCGGAGUGCUCCUGUACUUUGAUUCGGUGCUCCUGGCCUUCGGAAACAGACACAAGCUGAAGGGAACAAGCUUCUUCCUGGGGGGUGUGGCCAUCGUGCUCCUGCGCCGGCCCCUCCUGGGCAUGCUCCUCGAAACCUAUGGCUUCUUUAACCUCUUCAAGGGCUUUUUCCCUGUCGUCUUUGGCUUCCUGGGCAAUACCGCCAACAUCCCCUUCCUGAGUGCGCUGUUCCGGAGGCUUGAAGGCACCAGCUCAAUGGUCUGAACAGCAGAGAUGAGCUCCUUGAACUUGGAUCUUUGGUUGAGGGGGCUGGAAAGGAAAGGGGGGCCACCCCCAGGCCCCCGCCCUGCACUGACUCAUCUCCCCAUCAUACUGGGACUUCUCCAAGUCCAGAAGGAAGGACGGAGCCGAAUGACUGAUCUCAAAUUCCCGAGUGAACUCAAGAGGCUGUCAGCGCUGCUGGGAGCAGAGAUCCAGGGCCCCAUGGAAGCUGCACUGGGGCGGGUACCACAUCCUGUCUUGUAUUUAUCAGAGGAGAAGCACAGAUUAAAUCCCCAAGCUGGGGGUGUGCCUGAGGCUCACAGUCAGUGUCUCUAGCCCAGUAAGUUCAUUUCCGGACUCGGGGCAGGACGACCCACACACACACAUUCGACUGUUCUCAUGGCCUGUGAUUUUUAUCCUGGAGUUAACUAGUCCUAAUGAGUGAGAUGAUAUAUUUGCAAGCCCCUGUUAGCAGUAGGCAUUAAACAAGUGAUGGCUAUUAAUCCCACAUAGUGGCAGG